GGAGAUGAAAGAGGGAAAGACAAAAAUCUGUAUUACAAUUUUUUAUUAUUAUUGCACAUCAUCCUCUGCUCACCUUUGCUCGCGCGCAGUCAUAAAUCAGUAACGAUGUGGCCCUGUUUACACCUUUCUGGACGUGCUAGGUUGUAUUUGCAGUAACAAAAUGAGUAAUUUAAAUGAAACACCGAAUGAACCAAUAUUGUACGAAUUAUUAGAAUAUUUCGUUCGCAAACAAGAACCAGAAUUGAUAAAAUGUAAGACUGAUGCAGCUAUUCUCCCAACUUCUGGCACAAUAAAAAACACUCUCAGAUAUCUCAAUAAUAGGUAUUCCUUACCUGAGAGCAUCUCACAGCAAGUUAGUCUCACAUUACCAUGGAAGUUUGCUGUUGGAGAUCACGGUCGUGUACUUGCUAUUCUACAAGAAAAUGUUAUUGAAAUACGAAAGGCUAAAGAUGAAUAUUCCUCUAUUAUAGGCAAAGCAUCUGCCCCAAAAGAUGCAUUUCCUCAAUGGCGUAAACUUGCAUGGAGUCCAGAUGGAAUGAUCUUAGUAUUAGCAUCUAGUAGUGGUUAUACAUCUUUUUAUAAUGCAUUAGGAAACAAUAUUUUUAAUAUAAGUCCAAAGACAAUGUCACAAAACCCACAUAUUCUUGAAGCGGGUGAUGCAAUAGCAUCUAUGUUGUUUCUUAAACCAAGGGUAAAACAUGAAAAAUGGGCCUAUGAAUUUAUUUUAAUUUCAUACAGUGGAUUGCUCAGAUCCUAUCACAUUUCUACAAAUGCCUUUAGUGCAAAUUAUGACUUCUCUUUUGGCAAUUUUUAUAAAAAUGGUAUUAACGCUGUAGCCUAUGAUGAGAAGCACAACUUGUUUUACGUUGCUGGAAAUAUAAUCACACAAAAAUUGACUUCAACUGCAUCAGAAUCUGGAUUAACCUCAUGGCGGUUGUUGAAUGAUUAUCCAUACUGCAAAUUGUCGUUUACAUUUGAGGACUCUGCUAUAAACAAAUCACGGUUUUCUGUGUGGAAUUUAAUUCCUGUCUUUAAUUUUCAACCAGGAUCAAUCAUAUUUAUGAUAAAAAUUUCACCCAAUGGUGAAUUUUUGGCAUGCUUGCAUACAGACGGUUCAGUCUCACUAUGGGGUUUGCCAAAUUUAAUAUUACAAAAGAAAUGGAAAUUAUCUGAACAGCCGGAAUAUAAUACACUCAAUCCUAUAGGACCAAAAUCCAAAAAAUUUCCACCAGGUUUUACAGAAUUUCAUCCAAUAGAUAUUGGCUGGUGGUCUGAUCAGGCUAUCAUAAUAGCUCGAUAUUCAGGGUCCACAUCAGUCUGCUCCACAUGGAACUUAAAAAACUUAUUAGGUGUUAGUCCAGAAUUCUUAGCAGGGCAACCACAAGUAUGUGAGCUUGGUUUAGAAAAAGGAUGUUUAUGUUUAGAUUGUGAAACCUUUAUUACAAGCAAAAAACGAAGCAGAGAUACCAACGAUGGUCAUUUAUCAGAAGCGUCGUCGGAAAGUGAGAAGGAUGAUGAUGAAUCAGAACCCGUUACUAUAUUCAAUUAUACGACGAAUUUGGUGCAAAGUACGUUGUAUUCAAUAACUGAUAUUGAAACAUUUCAACCAAAAAGAAAGAAGUCGAAAGUAUUACAUCGAACUUAUAGAAUCUUGGGCUUAAAAAGUACAACCCCGGAAGAGCUUUAUUCUAGAAAAAUAGACAUUGAGGAAUACGAGGAAGCUUUAACUUUAGCGAACACGUAUAAUUUAGAUACAGAUCUUGUAUAUCAAACACAAUGGAGAAAAUCAGAAUUAUCUUUAAAUGCCAUCUCUGAACAUUUAAGUAAGAUAAGUAAAAGAUCUUGGGUAUUAAAUGAAUGUGUGUUACGUGUUCCCGAUACCAUAGAAGCUGCAAGGGAACUAUUGAAUUUUGGAUUGAAAGGUGCCAAUCUGGAAACUUUAAUAGCAAUUGAUACUUGCGAUAAUGACAAAUUCAUAACACCUGAUACAGAUGAAGAUUGGCCAGAUGAAAGUACUGCAAAUUUACGACAGGUACAGAAAGUAAAUGAAAUGCUUGAGAAGAUUGAAAUAAAAAACUUAUCUGAGGCCCAGAAGAACUUGAUUAAGUACCGAAGACAACUUUUGCGUCACUUAGAUAAAUUACUCACAUACGAAAUUAUACUGGAGCCACCACUAAAAUAUAAAAAAAAGUUUUACGAGGAAUUCCGAAGACUCUCAGCUGUGGAAAAUGCUGUUAGGUUUGCCAAAGACGGCGAUUGCCGAAGCGUGCAGAUAAUGUUCACAUAUUAUGGAGAAAGUUUACUGCCUCAUUGGCUAGCAAUUAUUAGCUUUUUCCCAGAAACUUUAAAUCCAUCGGAUUAUGAAAAACUUUUGCCAGAAUGCGAUUCGGAAAAUCAAUUAUUUUUGUUGGAUCAACGUGAAUUACGACAAAAGGAUUGGUCAGAAAAAUAUCAAUUUAACGAACUAAUAAAUCAGGACUUAAUAGAUGAGGAAUACGAAAUAUUGUAUGAAUUAGAUCCUUCGUUAUUAAUAUAUAGAAAUGUGCAGCUUACGCCAGACUUGUUGGAAAAAUGGUAUAAAAGACGUGCUUACGAAAUCGAGAAAAAUUGUUCUAUGGUGGAUAACGCUUUACAAUUAAUUAAAAUCGCAAAAUCUCAUAAUAUCAAUGGCGUGGAGGACUUAUUACUAGAUUUGGAAACUUUGGAUGAUCUUGUGUACAAAGUCUAUCUGGAGGAUAUGUCAUUAGAUAAAUUAGAAAAACUGAGUAAUUUGAAUAAAAUAAAACUUUUAAUGAGUACAUCUACUGAAACAAACUUUGUCGAGAAUAUAAGGAAUCUUUUAUUGCCUUUUAUUAAACGAAGACAUCAAUAUUUGGGUGGAGAUCUUCAAAAGGAUUUAUUAAGUGAUUAUCUAAUCUGCUUAAGCAAAGACGAUUUAACUUUUCCAGUUAAAUUUUUCGAACAUUUGAAACAAGUGCAGGAUGUUGAAAUGGUUAAAAUGAUAGAUGAUAUUGCUACUUUAGCUUUAAAUUGUAUAUAUGCUUGUGAUGAUCUGAACAUGUAUGAAAAAGCGAGAAAUAUCUUGGACUCGAUUUUAAAAGAUCAUGAUGGAUCAAGAGCAAAUGCAAUAAGCGAUUUAUUAGAUGAACUGGAAGGAGAACUUGAUUGUAUGAGACUUCUAAGCAAGUAUGGAGUGAAGACAACAUUAAAAUUUAUUCGGAACAACAAAACCAAUCCCGAUGUCGCUCGAUCACUAUUAACUCAAAUGUCAAGAAAUUUGAGUAAAAGGCUGCUACCUCCAGAUGAAAAAGAAUGGGCACAAUUAUUGAAUGAUAUGUUAGACGUACAUGGAUUAAUCUUUUCUUGUGUCGCUGUCGAAACCUGCUUCGAAAUAUGCGUUUCUGCUCGCUUGGUGUCGGGGAUCAAAUCUACCAUUCAGAAUUGUGCCACUUUGAUAGAAACCAAGAAAAAUGAGAAAUCUUUAUUAAAAGUAUUUUAUGAAAAGGCGAUUAAUCUUAUAUUAGAAGCGACAAAAGAAUAUUUUAACGGUUCAAAAACUCUUACCGAUCCAAACAUGGAAUUGGCUAAAACUUGUCUUCAUCUUAUUGAAGAUGACAAUGCGAAAAUUAAAGAAGAAUAUGAUCUUAUCAAGUCGCUCCAAAUUUUGAACGAAUUUAAUGUCGACAUAUUACCUCUGCAAGUUAGAUUAACAGUAGAUAGAUUAAUUUUGAUUGAACACUGUUUAAAUAAUCAGCGAGAUGCUUAUAAAAAUCGACAGAGGUUAUUAACGUUAGCAUCUUAUUUACGAGUCGAAGGGAAUAAUAAUAGGCUUCGCGAAGGAAAAGUUUUAGAAUUAAUAGCUAAAAAGGCACUCGAGACUGAAGAUUAUAAUACAUGUGCUACGAUAUGUAUGCAAUUAACACAAAAUAAUUAUCUCCCUGCCUGGGAAACUUGUUUAAACUUAGGACGUUGCGAUGAUUAUCAGGAUUUAAAUAUUAGAAAAAAAUGUUUAUGGUUUGCGAUAAAUAACGGUUCUAAUGAUAUAUUGGGCAACGCUUUAGAACACAUACAUCUGAUAGAAACGCAAAUCCUACAUAAGAAUUUAGAAUUGUGGAUGCCUUCCGUUGAAUUUGAAAGUUUAAAAGAUGAAGAAAGUGAUGAAAGUGAGGAUGAUUUUACAGAUGCUAUGACAACGCCACAAGUGGAAGUAAAAGAGUUUGUCCCUAAAAUGUUAGAAACUUCAACGGAAAUAGUAAAAAGUUCAGCGAAUAUUAUGAAAGAAUCUACGUUCGGUCUGAUAAAAAAUAUUAGUGAUACUAAUUUUUGGAAAUCUAGAUUGAGGUUUAACUUUACAAAUAACUCGAACACGCAACACGAAGCCGAGGGAGAACAAAGCGAGGAAGACGUCGAUCUUCAAAGUUUCCCGUGCUAUUACGAAUCUUUGCACGAAAUGUGCAGGAUAAGUAAUAAUGAAACAAGAUACAAUAAAUAUUCUAUGGCGGAUAUACAAAAUAUAAGAUUAAAAUGCUGUCGGGCUCUUUUGAGAAUAACCAUUUUGAGCGAAUCCUCUUGUUAUGGAUUAGAAGUAAGCGACAUUAAUCAUUUACUUCUAGAAUGCGCAAAACAUACCAUGCAAGACGAUUGGUUACUUGGUAUGACAUAUUUAUUGAGUUUAAAUAAAGAUCGUGUUCUGGAUGCUCAAGCAAUUUUCAUGGAUUUACCGCAAACUGAAUUAUAUAUACAAACUGCGCUUUAUUACUAUUCGUUGGAAUUACAUAAAAAAUUGUACACUGAUUGUGAAAAAUUAUACUUAUACAGUCCGUUAGAUUUAAUGAAAAACAUGAUGGCUGCAGCACAAAAGUCGGAAAAAUGUGAUAUUGUUAAAGCAUUGCAAUAUUGGCAGCAUUGUUUGCUUGGUGGAACACAAAUUGAUAAAACCGAACAUCUAGUAACAAAAGAUACAAGUACGCUGGAACAAGAUGGUGCUUGUGUGGAUUUUGGAAAAAUCACGAAUAAAGAACAAGAAACUGUCGAAGAUAUUGAUGUUAAUGUUCCACUUGUAACUUCUACGACAGAUGAGAAUCCGAAGAAAAUUGCCUCUGAUGACGUUGAUGUUGUAGAAUGGACAGACGAUUGGGGAGAUUUUUCUGACGAUGACACAGAAGCAACUAGUGAUAAGAAAAAUAAAAUUGGAUCCAAAGAAAUUUUGCAAGCACAAACUGUCCUUCCAUUUGACCAUGGCAUUGAUGAGUGCGUAACAGAGGAAGAUCGAUUUAAUUUAUUUCAAACGUUGCUCAAUCGAACCGAUAAUUUACAGCAAUAUCAAAGAUUGAAGGAAAUAAUAUCGGAAUGGCCGCAAUUUAAUAUGCCGAAUCACAUUACAGUGGACAACCAUCCGAUAUUAAAAAUGAUGAAAACGAUAAUUUUGUUAAUACCCAAAACGGAUAUAAUUGAUUCUGAAAAAAGAAUAUUACAAGAGCAUGAAGAACUCAUAGGAUUAUUAGCAUCUAAAGAGAUUCUUAAGCAGUUCUUGGAGCUCGAACGCGAUAACAUUAAUCUUGUACAAAAUGUUUACAUAAGAUUAUGUUCCGAGGAUUCGUCUAUGCACAAAGAAGCAGUAGAUUUUAUUAAACAACAACAGGCCAUCAUAUUACCAUCAUUAGUGCUAGAGAAACUUUUCCUGAAUGAUUUAACAGCAUUAUUUAAACCGGAUCACGAUGUAUACAAUCAGAUAAUCGAGCACGUAUUUAUAAACGAGUCUUUAACCAACGUUGAGAAAAAUGCAAAAGUUCUCGUACAUGAAUUGAAGAAGCAGAAAUAUAUAUUGGAGGCUUUGAAUAUUAUAAGGCUGAUGGAGAAAAUACCAUCGGCUAUGUGUACGUUUGACACUUGUUUUGAACUAUUAAUGAAGGAAUAAAUUUAUUUCGAAUGUAAAAAAGCUAGGAUCCAUUUUAAAGAAGGGAAGAUAAAAAAAGGUAUAGAAAAUAUAUUUAUUAUAUAAAUAAUCUUUGUGAAGAAAAUUUAUAAGAGACGCGCGUACGACAUAGAAUUUAAAGUUGUUUAAAUUACAAAGUUCGAUACUUUGUACUUGUGUAGCAAACGUAGAAAGGAUUAAACAACUUUAAACUCUCGCGUACGCGAAGUUUCCUCCGACGAUAUACAAUUUUUAAAUGUUUAUGUUUCUCUUUUGUAAAUGUGUAUAUUUAUGUGUCUAUAUAUAUACACACACAUAUAUUUUAAAAAACUUAUACACAAAUUAAAUUAUUUCUCAAAAUAAAUGUAUCAUACGAAAUAAGUAAGUUUGUGUGUAAAUGUGCGUAUAUGUGAUACAUUAUCUAAUUAGCGAUAUCUUGAAUUCUUUUAUGAAAGAUUAGCAACCGAGUCAGCCGUAUCAUUUCUACUGGUGUUUCUCAAAUCAAGUACCUCGAUUUGGUGAAUCUCGAAAGUAAUCGCGCGCGCUAUGCGUAUCGCCGACGGUUUUAUCGGUCUUGAUAAGACCCAGUCUUUAGUCACUGCGAUAUGCUGUAUCGCGCUCUAUCAUUUUAUACGCCCAAUUACCAUUAAUGUAAAUAUUGUGCGUUUGUACCCUCUCAUUGUGCUGAAUGUCAGCGAUGAUUGAGCGUGGACUACGUUCGCCGUGCGUACGAUCGGUCUUCUAACUUGGUAAACUGCUCCGUCCCUCUGAGAACUUAGUGUGCCGCUUUCUUUGGCUGAGUAAGCACGUCUGUCGGUUCGACGAUCAAUCAUCCGAAGAACAAAGAAGAUAUUCCAGCCGGGAGUUUCAUUCGCUCCUCCAAACGUCCUCUUCCGCCGCGAAAGGUAUAUUUACGUUUCUCUUUUUCAUCGACCCGGCUCCCCCCUUAAUAACUCUGGGCUAUUUUCGUGCCGCGCACCA